AUGUCUAUUAGACAAGACCGAACAAAUGCUGACACUAAACAGACUUCUAACAAUGUUCCACCUUAUUAUCCUAAUCCACAAUAUGGAUAUGGAUCACCGUCAUCAUAUUAUCCGGGAUAUACAGAUCCUUAUAUGUAUCCUUCACCUCCAUAUAAUUAUUCAGAGUAUAAUAACUAUCCAGUAAAUGAGUACGGGCAAAUGACAGAAGGACCUACAUAUUUUCCUCCCAUUGUCAAUCAACAUCAACCAGGAUAUUAUACAUAUCCUAGUUAUGGACCGAAUGUAUCAACUGAUGAAUCUUAUAUGUAUCCUCCAAGAAAUGAUUCCAUGUAUUAUUCGGAUUAUUAUUAUCCGAAUUAUUAUCCUGGUUAUGAAACGGCAAGACAUGAGACUUUACCACCCAUACAGCAACAUCCACCUACUUCGACUCAACCUGUUUUACCAGCUGAAGAUAACUAUGAAAAACUGGCUAUUGUUGACUUAACUGGGAUUACUUCAUUACCAUCGAGAUCAACAAGAAGAGAUACUAAACGAAAAACUAGACAUCAUCAUAAACUUAAAAAAAGAUAUGAUUAA